AUGGAGAUGGUAUUUCUCUUUAACCCACUCACUGAAAAAGCUAACAACCUUGACCACAAAAAUCUCAUUCGUGAUUACCUAAAAAAUGGGAAAAUCUCCGGAUUAUUUGUUCCCGGACAGCUGAUCUCAAUUGUUGUGCAAUCGGAAACUGAGCCAACCUUGGAAUGGCUCGGAAACUUAGGACAUGCUGAAACCUUUGUCAUUCCCAGCGAAAGUCCAUUGACAAUGAUUCGUAAAGGCAGAGGUCGAAUUAUCGUGGAUGCGGUCACUAAUGAACAUGUACUGGAUCCAAAUGGUGUAUCGAUCAGUCCAAAGUUAUCAAUUAUUUUUCGUACGUCUAGUUCAGUUUCUGAGAUGAUUGUACUGAACGGAAAGAAAAUUUUGAUUGCUGAGAGAAGACUCAAAAACGCCGAUGAAAUAGUGUUGUGGAAGUCGGAUGUGAAGCUGCUCUCCUGUUAUCACGUGACCUUCUUCAACGAAGAAACGGAGCUGGAAGUUGUGGACAUUACCAAAGUGGAAGAACGGGAAGCGCUACUCACAUUGCAUCGUCUUUCCGCCAGAAAUCAUCAAGAAACAGCGGAACAAGAGGUCACUUAUUUCACUUGCCCUAACUAUUACUCUUGUCCGAAGUCAAUGCACGUGGCGGCUGAGAAAUCUGCGAUUUUGAGUAAAUUUUCGGCCGCAACGUGCAUUGAUUUCGGACGAGAGUAA